GGGGGGGGGGGGGGGGGGCUUUAGCCUUAUUCGGGGUUCAUGCUUGUGCAUAUGUCUCUCUCUGUGCGUGUGGGAUGGAGUUCUUCCCUUAGCUUUCUUUUUGGUUGAGUGGCAUGCCGUUCCUUGCACACUUGCAGAGUGGGAAUGCGGCCGGGGUCCGGGGAGGAAGCCAUCGUGGUGGCUGUUCACGAACGAGGUGGGGGUGGGAGAUUGUCGGAGGCGUUUCUCACGCGCCAGCGUCUGUACCAUGCGCAUGGGACGGAAUCCCCAAUGUUUUUUUUGUCUCGUCCGAAAUGCCACGUCCUGUCUACAUGUGCUUACACAGGACUCCCCUGGCCUCGGGCAACGGUGCCGUCCACGAAGGAGGUAUAUGCCCCCCCCUCCCCUCCUACCCGGGUCGAGGUAGAGCUCCGAGCCACCGGGGUAUGUGUCUCGCCGACUUGCAGCUUAGUUUUGCUCAGCUCGACAGCUCCAGGGAAUGAAUUUGUUCCAAAACAAAAAAAAGUUUUGGCUGGCUGGCCUGCGUCCGUCAAGGCCGCAUGGAUCGUCGACGCAAAGGCAACUAGCCUGCCCUCUAGAGACGUAGUGCUUCCCCAGAUUCGGCUCACACCCGCAGGCCGUGCUUGCAGAGAAAGGAUAACGCCCUCGCCUUUCUCUCCGUUCGAGUCCAGGUCCGUUCCCGAGGGGGGCGGAGAGAUAGAUGCCUCGCCGUCUAGAGAUGCAGGGAAAAAAACAUACAUCUUGGGCCGCCCUCCCUGCGUCUCGGAGCUGUCUGAUCCGAUCGCAGCCGUGACCGGCGGCGGCGGCCUGCUGUCGGCGGUGACGCCUCUCGCCCUACCCCCCUUUCGGUGCUGUCUGUGAGACCUCAUCUGCUGUGCUACGACGCCAUAACCUGUUUCCCCCCCCCCCCCCCCCCCC